AUGUCGAUUCUGUUCAAAUUGCCAACGGAAAUUCUUUUUCUGGUCUGCGAGAAACUGAGUAUCGACGACUACAAAAGGUUAACAUCGACCUGCAAGCCCCUGCGUUCAGCAAUCUAUGAUGAACUCUCUGUUCGUCGCCAUAUCUGCAUAUCGAUUAUCUUGACUGCACCUCACCACAAACAUGAUAUCGAGAUCUGCCAUAUCGAGGACAUUCAAUCUUCCCAAAAUGCUACGAAUCCCGUUCUAUACGACGAGGCUGCCAACGCCCUUACGUGUGGUGGGUUCCGCGCCUCCGUUCAUGAGAACCCUGGCAUUCAGAAACUUGAUGAGGACGGUUCUAUGGUUAUGCGCAUCUGGAAUCGGUGGCAUCAAAUGAAGGAAUUGUACAAACUGUAUCUUGACCCGGAAAUUUCGAAGAAUUACCGAGAUUUCCCUGCUAUCUUGAUUUUUCGCCCAGAUCAUUUCCGUCGAGAUGAUAUCCGUGAACUUGCCAGUAAUCUCGAUGGCAGAGAAAAACCUAGUCAAACUCCAGACACUGGGGACUGGAAGAAAGACCACGAGAGAUAUUAUCAGCGGUUUUAUCUGGCACUUACAGCGCUCUGGAGAGGCUUAGCUCUUGGUGUUGCCGAAAGUGCAUAUCGUCUGAGACCGCGAAAAACUCCUGGUAAUCGCCCGGCCCCAAGUGCAUACUGGAGUCCUUGCGAUGACCCGGUCAAAGCAAUCUCGGGCCAGAAAAUCAACAGGACACUGGAUGACUUGGUGGAUAUAGUGGAAGUGAUGGAAUUCGUCUGGGGCUUCCUUGGCUACAUAAUCCUUUGGCGCCUAAAAGAUGAAGUCCCUACACCGAGAUACCCUUACCCGACGAUGCGGUAUUUCAAUUGGGAGGCCGAUAUCGCGUAUCUCCGGCCCCCUGAUAUAUUGAAACUUUUCCAACAACGAAGGGAAAUUUCUAAUGAAACAAAGGAUGCUCAUAUGAUGGCUGCUCGACAGCGGGCUAUUCCAAAGAACACAAUCGGGUUUCGCUACGCUGCGGUAGUGGUAGACGAUGUGAUCGACUGUUUGGCCAGCUACUCAACAACUUUGGACAAACCAUCGCAAAGUGAAUGCAAGAAAACAUGCAAGGUCAAAUGGCAAAAUUUUGAGGCUACAUGGGAAAAAAGAGAUCAGGGGCACGUUAUUACGGGGAGAAUCGUCUUAUAA